ACCUAGUGUUCAUUGACGUAGAUAGGCACGAACCAUGUUGAAUCACGGAUUUAAAAAGUAUUUUCAGUUGUGUCACAAUCUCCAUUUUUUUAUCUAUUUUUACAUAAUACACUUUUUGUUAUCAAAAUCUUUCUGUUGAACUUCGAACACUUGUCCUGUCCAUUAUUUUAAUCAGUGAAAUUGAUAUAUCUCCAGUCUUCUGUAAAUGAUGGUGUAAAACAUCUUAACCCAUUCUAUGUCAUGUGUGUCAUCUUGUUUGAUUACUGACCAGCAACUAUUCCAUGAACUGGUUACAUUCAUUUACACUUACCUGGGUGAAAUAUAGGCUCAAUUGCUAAAUAUGACUUGCCAUAGAUUCAAUCUGCUGACAACUCAGCACAACCUAUUUACAUACUGUUGAUCAAUCUGAAGGUUUUUAAAGUUUUCAAUAAGGUUCAUUGGUAUGACAAAUUCCAGAUGAGGCUAAAUAAAACUUUAUGCAGUAUUAGCUCUUAGCAAGUACUUGCCAAUCCUGAGAAACCACCAGCAAUCGAUUGGUCAUUCUACAAGCAAAAGGUUCCAGUGGCUGGAAUGGUUGAAGAAUUUCAGAAACAAUACUCUGCUUUGAACAUCCCUUAUCCUCCAGAUACUGUUCAAUCCCAGCUUGAGGCUCAGGACAAGGAGAUUAAAUCCGACAUCGAAAAGUUCAAAGCUGAAUCCAAUUCUCGCAUUGCAGAAUAUAAGAAGCAAUUAGCUCAUUUGGAGAGUCUGAUUCCAUACGACCAAAUGACCAUGGAAGACUACCGCGACGCUUUCCCUGACGAGGCGUUGGACCCUAUCAACAGACCAACAUUCUGGCCCCACAACAAGGAGGAGCAGCUAGACUAUGUUUCCAAGGAUGCACCAUCCUCCCAUUAGUUGUUUUGAUGUGAAUAGUCAUAGUUAUACGUUUUGUCUUGGCAAAUUUAGCAACAUUUUAUGUUUACAAUAAAAGUUAUCUACGUCAUCAUGGUCGCAGAAAUUAUUUUAUAGAUGUUUUUGUUGAUGUUUGAACACUUUAUGUUAUUAUAAAUUGUACUGUGAGACUAUAAAAAAAAGAAGUUUAGCGAGGAGAAGAUGCAUUUGAUCCAGGAACUAAACAAAUUUAAGGUUAUCAUUGUAAAUAAAAACAGAUAUAUGCCCUAUUUCACGAGUAUUCAUCUCGCUUUGACGUCUAAUGAGGCUGAUCAGCAUGUGACAUUUUUGUGUCUGCAGCGUUGGCAAUAAUGAAUCGGGUAUAAAUCUAGUAAAACUUGUUUCUGGCGUUUUGUUUUUUGUAUACAAAAGUACUUUUCUUAAUAAACGAGCUGUUAGCAAGUAGAAAA